AUGAGCAGUGAUGAAGAAAUUGGUGAGCUGAGAGUUGUGUACGAUUUCAUCGCACAGGCUAAAUUUAAGAAGGCUUUUGCAAGUGCCACGAAAGUUCUGGACCAGCGUUCGCCUCCAUCUCCGGAAGCGGAAGAAGAGGAUCCGUUGCGGGAGCUGUUUCUGUUUGUGGUGACCAAGUACGCGGAUCAGCUUGAACAGGAGGGCAAAAUCGAACAAGUGUUCGAAAUUAUCGAGCAAGGACUGGAAUAUUUCCCCGAGCAUCCUGAGCUACUGAACGAGACGGGCGUACGAUUGCAAAGAUAUGGUCGCUCGCUGGAGGCUUCCAUUUGUUUUGAGCGUGUGCUGCUGCAGGAUUCUCGCUACUUGAAGGCAUACCAAAACCUGCAAAAUACCAAGUGCGAGCUGGUAGAACGAUGGCACUUCCGGAUGCUGAACGACGUUGUGCGCAACGCAGCUUUUCGAGCGGCUAUCGAGAGCCAGAUUGCGAACGGGUACAACGAAGUGCUUGACAUUGGCACUGGGACCGGGUUGCUGUCGAUGUAUGCGCUGCAAUGCGAGGGCAUACGUAAAGCCGCCGCCUGUGACGGUUCCGAAAUAAUGGUACAAAUAGCGAGGGACGUUUUUGGCGCGAAUGGGCUGAGCGAUCGCAUCUGUUUGUUUCAAAGCUUCUCGCAGGAUCUUAAGAUCGGUGAGCGGUUUUCGUUGAUUGUAACUGAGACGCUCGAUUCCGGCGCCUUCGGGGAAGGCAUCCUAGAAACGCUGAUUCAUGCGAAAAAACACCUCCUGCUACCGGAGGGGAAGAUAAUUCCCGCAAAGGUUACACUGCACGUGUCCGGUUACCAAUCGCGCGCCUUAACAGCAAGCAAUAUUUUAAUCAACGAAUCCUUUAUCGAGGACUUUUCACUACCCAGUAACUGUUUGCUCUCCAAAGAGGGCACAAAGUGCUAUGAUGCCGAGGACAUCGGGCGGAUCCAAGCGAAUGAUGACUUCGAGUUCGUUACAGACACCGUCGCAGCGAUGGAAGUUGAUUUUAAUGAUCUCGAUUGUCUGAUGCGCUAUCAGGAAGGCACCGAGGAGGGUCAGGUGGAGUUGACGUGCCUCGACGAUGGUCUGUUAUUGGAUGGGUUUGUCGUGUGGUUCGAUCUGCAGCUGGAUGAAAAACAAGUCAUCAGUACGGAUCCCACUACCAGCACGUGUUGGAAUCAGGCCAUCUUUCGGCUCAACCAACGUCUUCCGGUUGCCAAGGACCAACGGCUAAAGCUUACGCUAUCAUGCAAAGAUGGGGCGCUCUCCAUUGCGCACAACCUGAACUCGGUGGACAACCAGAUCAGUGUGGAUGAGCACGUUUUGGAGUUUCUCAAUGACACCGAGUACUACACCAGCCUUAUAGAGGCGACGGAGACGACGACACUCGAUGAUAUGGAAAAAAUACUUGAUCUCUCGCUAUUCCCAUAUGCUGGACUUAAGCUGCUGAAGGAAGGAAAGGCACGUAUGCUUUUCUGUCUCGAUCAGGCGGAGGAUUUGGUUGAAUUUAUUGCAAAUCAAAACGACAUCCCAAUGGGUAGCAUUAUGCUAGUGAGCUCAAUGCAGGAGAUAUUUUUGCUGAAUGACUACACCCUCGAUCUAAUCAUCCUCCAGCCGGUGGAUGUCUUCGGGCAGAUAAAUAGCGAACAUUUCUGUCUUUAUCAGUCCCUGCUGGUUAAGUUGAAACCUAUUGGUACGGUUGUACCUUGCACGUUGGAGUUGCACGGCAGCGCCAUCGAAUCGGAGUGGAUAGUAAAGUGUAGCCGUGUGGAGAACCAAGAACUGGAGCAGUUCCAAAUUGACAAAUAUCUCGCAUCGUUGGAAACCGAAAAUCAUCUGGAUCUGGGGCCAUUUUCCUAUCGCAACCUGUCCGAGCCCAAAAAGUUGGCGGACAUACAGUUCGACGGUAAGUUGCAUGAAACUGCAUUGGAAUUGUCACUUUCUGAACCCACCGAAGCGGCACGAGUGCAUGCCAUACUCUAUCACUAUCAAAUUGGAUUCUCACCGGAACGACCACUGCUCGGCACGGAUCGUCCGCAGUCGUUUGCCAAGCGAUCAGCCUUUAUCAUUCCGAAGUCCACAUUCCAGGGAGCAGCAGGCGAUGAGCCGACAGCUUCAGACAAACAGAUCGAGCAACUUUACAUUACCGUACUUCAGAAUCACGGAGUCAUUAAGUGUGAUAUUGCAUCCAUCGGCCAGUAAUAUGUACGGUAAUAUCAAUGCGCAUGGCAGACAAGCAAUACGAAAAAUGCACCAUGCACAAUUUUUAACAAUUCCUAGCAAUACAAGCAAUCCAUAAACCUCUGAAAACCUACCCCACCAUUUUAACGUAGGAGAAAAUGGGUCCCUCUCAAAGUGGAAACUGCUACUCAGAAAAUUUUAUUGAUAUAGCAUUAGUAUUUUAAAUUUUAUUGAUAUAGAAUUAGUAUUUUAAGUUUUAUUGAAGUAUUAGUCGUCAUUUGAAGUGAUCGCAAUUUACAUUCCCAGUCAGUCAGUUGACCGCUUUGUAAGCAUUACACAGGAAAUAUACACAUUAUACAUUUAUGAAUAAUUAACUAGCCCAUGAGCCAGCAAUUAGGGUGAGUGCAAUCUAUGUAGUAAAUCAGCAUGAAGUGCUUAGUGAAAAUACACAUAACACCCGCCCUAUGGGUGGAUUAGCAGUAGCGCGGAAGCGAUGAGCAGGAACUAGUCCUUUACCGAUGGUUAGUAGCAAAUAUCUUAAGAGCAAUAACGUCAAACAUAGUCACAUUCUCGUUUCACCAUGCACAGUGAUCCAGUGAGUACUAUAUAUAUAUAUAAAACAAAAUGUGAUUGGAUUGUUGUAAUCCACAUAUCAGAUGAUAACCAAUGCGACAAUGUAUUCCGACACGCAAAUUCUGCAACAAUAUGCUAAUGGACUAGUUUUAUCACAAUACA